UGUGCCUUGAUACUUUGUAUGUCUGAAAGGGCGCUUAUAUGCGACAUUGCUUCUCGCAGACUAUUCUUGUUUUGUGAAUAACUGCUUUGGUGUAGUCCUGCUGGGUGUCAUCUUAGGCCGUAGGCCAUAGGGGUUCUUCUUAGAGCUGAAGAGCUUUAUUUAUUGCAGUCUAAUGUCACAUAAAACAUCGCCUCGUACAGCUUCUAUCUGGAAAACAUAAACCUUGCAUCAAAGCUAGAUUCAGUUUAAUAUAGCAUCGUGAUAUAUGAAAUUUAUUCCGUGGAAUAAUACAACGCAAAAGGUUUUUUUUUAAUUAUUAUUUAUUUAUUUUAUUUAUUUUAUUGUGGUUAAUGUGCUUGUGCACAGUAGCGUCUGACGCAUUCACGUGGAACAGUUUGCUUGUGUAGUGUGACUCAUAUAUGUAGAAUAUCUUGCGUGUAAUUGUGUGCUUGUAAGCUGUUGGGGAAACAGUCAGAUAGCAUGUCAUACAGACAGACAGAUGGAUACAAAUUUUUCACGCUAAAAAUAGCAAACCCAUGAUUUCAUCAUUCUUGAUGUGAACCAGUGGACUUUUUAAACGAUACUGAGCCCACCAUGGUGGAUCCACUGGAACCAGAGGACCAGAGUAAGAUCAGGGAUCCACAGAUUGAGACCCCUACUGCAGCCUCUGAAGCCCCAUGUCUGCCUGAGCAGGGGGAGGAUAGGGAAAAGGAAGAGGCUACUGAUGGCGGUCCAGAGAAAGCACCCGCAGCUACACCAGAACAGAGUCCUCAAGGCAGCCAGCCCCAGAACAGCGAACCUGAACAUCAAAAGCUGCACUUGGACCUGUACAACUUUGACUCUCCGGCUGCAGAGGGCAGCCGCUAUGUGCUGACCAGCCCUCAUUCCCUGGAGGCGUGCGCGCGAUGCGGAGUUAAACCUGUGGAGCUCCUGCCCCGGCUGCUGUCCGACUUUGCACGUGAGGCUCCAGGGCGCAGCAUGCGUGUGGCCACAGGCAUGUUCGAGGUGUAUGAGAGAGACAGGCAUACUAAACUCAGACAGUGCAGAGGCGAACGAGAGAGGCUAAUUCAAGAGGAGAAGCGGAGGCUUCUUCAGACAUCGCUCAACAGCAGCAGCAGCAGAUCACUGGCUUCAAAGAAGCCUGAAAACACAAUCAAUGUUGGAUUGUCUCAGCAAACCAGCCACAGUUCUAUUAGCACUGGUCCCGACCCAAAAAUGUCCCCCACUACCAGUGGUCAAUCCAAAACACAUACGGUGUCAACUUCACGUCCCACCUCAAAAAACAUGCCUCAAGGAUCUGAACAUUUGUCAACACCUCCCUCAUGUGCAAGUUCCUCCAAUAAAGCUAGUUCAGUAAGUUCUGGUCACACACUUAAGGGGGUGUCUGGAAAGCAGUCCAAGUUGCCUGCUGCCGAACCUGCUGGGCUAACUCAAGGAUCUAUACCUGCAAAAACAGUUCAGUCAACAGGAGCAACAGUGUCCAAAAAACCUUUCAGCACUCCAGCAAAGGCUGCAAAUACUUUCCCCAGAUCAACACCAAAGCCAUCAUCUUUCCCAAGGAUGCCGACGUCUUUAGCACCAAUCAUAUCCAAAUCUGCAGCACAAAGCCCAGCCAAUGGCAUCACCAGUCCAUUUGCUCAGCACAACGGACAUGUUGUGCCCGGCUCAAGAGUCCGAGAGAGAAGCCAUUCUUUAGAAUCCCUGCAAAGAAGACAGGAAAUGGUUAGUUCCUCUACGGCUUCCACUGCUACCACGACUACAACCACGUGUGCCUCUUCAGAGUCGGCAUCCUCUUCCUAUAGCUGGGAAGGAACACGGGAUCAGUGGGGGAGGAGCUCCAGCCCACGCACUCGCGCCUUAGCUACAUUCAACUCCCUGAUGGGUCGCAGCCUGAGCCUGGGUGACCUCAGCCACUCUCCGCAGACCACGCAGAAGGUGGAACGCAUCGUGAAGGAGGUGAAGCGGCGCGGUCUGAAGGCCGUGCCGGAGCGGGACCGCAAGAUCGCGGCACUAAUGCUGGCCAGGUACCAGGAGGAGGACAUCAUGAGCCAGACGCGCUACGUGGCACACCUGCAGUGGGACAGUGAAAGGCGUCUGGAGGAGCUGCGUCGUGAGCGGGAGGAGCGCGAGAAGCAGCGCGCCGUGUUGCAGUGCCAUCGUGCCUGGCACUCGCAGGUGUCCACCAGGCAGCGGAGACUCAGUCAGCAGGAGAGGGAGGCGGCGGCGGCCAAGCUGCGGCAGGCGGCUGAGAGCGAAGAGCGCCGGCGGGAGCUGGCUGAGCAGCAGGAGCGAAGCCGGCUGCAGAAGCUGCAGCAGGCCGCCCGUGAAGAAAGGCAGAAGAAGGCCAUGCAGGAGCAGAACCUCAGGGCCCUGGAAGAAGAGCGGGAGGCCAUGUUGGAGCAGGAGAGGCUGCUGCUCAGGGAGAAGCUAACCAUCGCUGAGCUGAAGAGGCAGGAGCGUGAGCACCAGGUCCAGGAGGAGCGCCGCGGUCUCAACCGUGCCGAGAAAAGGCGCCACGCCGCCCUGAUUCAGGAGAUCGCACGGCGGGAGGAUGACGAGCGCGAGGAGGUGCGGCGGGCAGCGCAGGAGAAGCUGAGCCGCUCGCAGGAGAACUACGAGCAGAUCCAGGAGCGGCGCGGUCAGGAGCUUCGGGAGAAAGCCAAGCGUGAGGAGCAGCUGAUCCAGAAGGCGAGAAAGGUGGCAGAGCAGCGCGAGCGGCAGCAGAAAGAGCAGACCGAGGCCCGGGCGCGGGAGGCAGUAAAGAGAGCGCAGCAGGCUGCCCUGCUGGCUGAGGAGAGGGCCCGCGAGAAGGCCCAGCGCGCCGUGCAGAGCAGGCUGGAGAAGGAGCGCCUCCAAAGGUUGAACCGGCAGAGAGUGGAAGAGGAGGAGCAGCAAAGGCGCCUGGAGUUGCUGCAGUCGAUCGAGCGCAAGCUUGAGAAAAGCGAACAGAUCUUCCGGGAAAAGCGUGCCGUGCUAGAAAGUGCCCGGUCGGUGGCACGCGCCUCCUUCCACGUGCGUGACCGUGUACGGGAAGAGACCAACAUGCGCACGUUUGACAAGAUGGCCCUGGAGGCGCAGUUAAAGGCCAGUCUGGAUGAGAAGUGACAGCCCCGACCUGUCUACCCUUGCCAUCGACCUACCACUAGGAAUGAACUGCUUGAGCUUCUAUAGUAGCCUCAUCAUUGAACAAGACCCAUGUCAUUGCUGGAUCUGUAAUAUUUCAUCACAUACAAUAAUGAUUUUAUCACAACUGCUGGGCCACUUAUGUAUAAAAUAUCUUCUCCUUAUUUUUGUUACCUUUGGCCUUGGUACCUGGUUGUUGUGGAUGAAUAGUUUUCUACUUUAGCAAAUAGCCAAAAUGAAAUGAUGACUGCAUGUAAAGGGACUAGGUAGUCACUAUUGCAUCACUGAUGGUUUAUUUCUCUAAAAGAGAACAAAAAGAGGGUGCAGACUGCUUUGUAAGACGGAAGUGGAUAUUAAUAAUACCAUAUUAAAAGUCCUAGAGACCACCCCUUCAGAAAUCUCUGCUCAAAGUAAGCAAUGUCUGUACUAUGUGUGAUGGACAGCACUGGAGUGCUGACCAUGCCACUGUGGAGUGUUGCCAUAGCAAGAGAGAGAGAGACCUCAUCACCCUGCAGGUGCUGACAAGGUGAUGGAGAGAUGACCCUGAGUCAGGAUCCCUGAGCUUGUACUGAUGUUCAGAAUUCCAUCCCAAUUGGGUAUGUUCAUUUUCUAUACUUAAAUCUGCUUUAAUAAUGGAGAAAUUACUUCUUUCUGAUGCAAGUUGGUGAAUAACUAUCUAAUACAGAAACAGUACUGAUGAUUUCCAUUAAAAAAAUAAUACAAUCUGCUCAUCCAGUAAAACAACUCUUAUUUUGAGCAGAACAUAAUUCUACUGCUUUAAUGCACUGUCUGAAAACAAAUUAAGUUGCCUUAUGUUGUCUUACAGCAAAUACAUUGACUACACACAGAACAGUUGAUUAUUCCCUACAAUUAUCCAAAACACUCUACAGAAGGGAAAGAAUGUUUGUAGAAAUCUCCAUGACUAGGAAAAUGGGGACAGAAAGAAAACAGAUAGUGAGUCAUGCUUUAAUGCUGUAGUUGCCAUAGUAAUGUGCAAUGGAGAAGGUGUCCCAGUCCUUUGAUGAAACCACUAGGGAUCAUGGGAAUGUGAGUGGGUUGCCAGAGAAGGGGGGCAAGGGGGGUUGGUGAAGUGAAGGAGCUCUUUUCGUAUGCAUGGAGCAGAAAGUGCCAUCUUAUUCGACCAUGUCUUUAGGGGACUGCAGAGCUUCGACUGGUAUCUGUGAGAAAGCACCACAGUGUGGAUUCCUGGAUGUGCCUCCCAGUGAAAUCCUAUCAGACCAUGACUGAGCACAACCUGCCAUGGGCUUCUUAAAACUAGUCUGCAAUAGAGAUCGUGCGUAAGGGUAUUUGCGGUUCAUCAAAAUUCAUUUUAAAUUAGAUUCGCAAUCCACCGGCAUAAAGGACUCUUAUGGAAAUCUACAAAAGUUGUGCAUUUCUUUUACUGUUGAUUGAGAACAAGUCUGAGGUUAGAACAUUGCCAAACACUGCUCUCUAAUGUGCUGUAUAGCUGAUCUAGGCAUCUAUUGUCUGAAAGACAAAUGUAAAAGUGAAUGAGACAUUUGAUGUAGGUUACACAGGAUUACAGUAUUAUCAGGACAAUGUACUCAUUAGCAUGUGCAGCGAUUCUGCUAUCUUGCUUUACGUUACAGGUGCUCUAUGGCUUAAGCGUCUCAUACUAAUAUAGUAUGAACCUUUAGGUGUCAGUAUGUCAGAUUGAGAAAAAUCUAUAUAAUAUUUCUCUGUGAAAUGUAAUAGAGAAUAUUAAAGGUUCCUUUUUAAUUGACUACCUAAUGGGUGUAGUAGGUAUGACGUGAUCAUUGAGUCAAAUGGUCAUGUAACCAGCAGACGUCCAGUGAUGAGCAUAACAAAACAGACAAAGCCAAGACGGAGAUGUUAGUUACUGUUAAACAGAGUUAAGUUACGAAACAGUUUUCAAUGCAAAUGCAAAGUAGUAACAUUCUUGUUUCAUUCAUCUGAAAUGUUGAUUGUCACUGUUAAAUAGUGAUAUUCUUAUUGUUCUUGAUCAUUAUCUUUUAUAUUGGCAAAUGAUAAAUACUAAUGAGUGCAUGUUUCAUUUGCUUCUUAGAGCAUAUGUUUAUCUAGUAGUGUGAAAGAUGAUAAUGAUGAAGAUGAACUCUACUGAAUGAUCCCUCACAGUCACCAGAGGAUGCACUGGAAUGUUGUGAUCCCAUAUACAGCAGUGACUAACCUAAGCAUGGUUUAAACAACCAAUCACUAUUAAAAGACUACAUUUUCUAAGGUACAACUGAAGUCAUUGACAGUUAAUUUUAACAAGCAAAAAAACCCCCCAAAAAAAACCAAAACAAAAAAAAAAACAAAAAACAACCUAGUUUUGUCUACAUUAUCAUGAAACAUUUCACUGCAUUUCAUUUCUGUAUUUCUGGUACAACACAAAGGAUGGCCAGCUGAAAGCAAAUUGUGGUGCUUGGUGAACAAAGUGUACAGUUUAAAUAAAUCUUCCUUUCAUAUUGUG